AUGUCGUCCUUUGCUUCGAAGUUGAGCAAGAUCAAUGAAACCCAGGACUCAAUUAACUACCUAUCUGGAUAUAUGCUACAAAAUGAAGCAUCGUCGCAGUCUUUCAUCGAUGUUUGGAAAUCACAGGUGUUUAAUGCACCACCAGCAACCAAGCUCCUACUACUAUACCUCUGCAACGAUGUCAUCCAAAAAGCCAAGCGUCAUCACAAGACAAAGUACAUAGCGGACUAUUUUGGACCAUUAUUGGAAGUCAUAAAUCCCAUUUAUCACAGCGUUGAUUCAACUAUAAAGAAAAAGAUUGAGAGGCUCAUCUCGGUUUGGGAAGACAGGUUGGUGUUUGAUGCUGAUGGAAUAAGAAAAUUGAGAGAACGUAUAGCUCAACCGCCGCAGAAGCAGGUUGCUGCUACCCCUGACCCACCUACUGUGAUCCCUGAACUUCAACUUAUUAACGAUUUGUACCAGCGCAUCAACGAUUUAACGGAUGUAUCGCAAGGGAAUCUCACGCAAUUGGGCAUACAAUCAAAAACUUAUUUGAACUUGGAUGCAGAUACAUUACCGGAAACACAAGUUCAUCUCAACAAACUCAAAGUUUUGGAGAAACUAAGCAAAGUAUCGAUAAAAAACAUAGAGAGUAUAAAGUCCACCCGUGAGCAAAUCAAAUCUCAUUUACAAACUAUGCUCCACUCAUUGGAAAGUGGAUUGCAAACUGAUGAUAGCAAAAUUUCCGUCAUUAACGAUAAAUUGAACAGAAUUGAUGAGACGAGGCGUACUUUGCAAGGUGAGGUUGAAAGUUCAGAUGAUGAAGAGUUGCCCAAGUACGAGGACGAAGACUCCGAUGAUGAGCCAGAGACGAAAAAGAGAAGAGUGUCCCCAAGUCCGUCCGGAGGCUCAACACCAAAAAAGGUUGCGUUUGCCAAAGACAUUCAAGUGAAUGAAUAUGACAACAAGACAAAGGGAGAUGCUGAUGACGAAUCAGAUGAUGAUAUAAAACAAUCAGAAAAGGAGGACACACCAAGUGCUGAAGUUAUGGAUAUACUACUUAAAUUAGCUUAG